AUGACGUAAAAAUGAAGGUUUAUGUGUAUUUUCGUAUAAAAGCGACAUGACGUAAAUAUCAAGGUUUAUGUGUAUUUUCGUGUUAGUGACAACAAUUCGCCAGAUAUUGAUACGAAUCUUUUGAAACCACUCAUUUCAUGCUUUUUGUUUAUGAACGAGUUCAACUUUAUGCGCAAGUUUGUGACUCAAAAUUCCAGAAUAUUAAUCAACAAAUCAUGAGUGGUUGCUUGGAUCAGGCACAUUGUCCAGAAAUAAACUGUCCAGAUUUAUCAGAAAGAAGAAAUCAGAUUGCAUCUGUUCUUGCAGGAUCACUGUUUUUCACUGGUUGGUGGAUCAUAAUUGAUGUAGCAGCUAACGAUCCACUGAAGAAUAAUGUCUUUCAUAUUUGUGGUGUUGCUUCGACUGUAGCAGUUUUUAUGAUAAACGCUAUUUCUAAUGCGCAAGUGAGAGGUGAAACUUUCGAUGGAGGUUGUAUCGGACAGACAGGAGCUCGUAUCUGGUUGUUGAUUGGCUUUCUUUUUGCGUUUGGUGGUUUGAUUGGAGCUUGUUGGGUUCUAUUUGGUUCUUAUGUUGCAACAGAUGAUCCUAACACUUGGCCUGGUGUUGCUGUUUUUCUUCAAAAUUCACUAAUAUUCUUCAGUGCACUAGUGUUUAAAUUUGGACGUACAGAAGAAGACUUUUAAACUGUUGAGAAUUUGUAACGAGCAGCGUUAUAGAUAAAUCCAAGUCCAAAGACGAUAAAAACAUCUGGGGGUUACGUUUCAACGAAUAUCACUUGCAUAACGAUUAUGGUGGAAGUUAAAUGUUGAAGCCACUUUGUGACUUUUGCCAUACGAUGCAAUUUGUAACUUUUUUUUUAGUUUUAUUUAAGAAGAAAAAUCUGUCCUUCGGUUCAACAGAA